CAGGAGGAGGGGCGCGGCGGGCUGGGGCGAGCCGGGCUCUGAGCAAGGGGCGCCGGCACCCGAGAAGAGGCAGCCCGCCGCUCUCGCUCGCUUUUUGCUCCAGCCGCUGCUGGGGGUUCCAGGCAGCGCGAUGCCGCUGCCCUCUUACUAGGUGGCGGCCAACGGAGGCUACCCGCAGCCGGACCCCGUUCGCUGGCGAGCCCCUGGUCUCUCCCGGAGGACGCGCCCGGCCACUCCAGCCAAAGGUAGCGCGAAGUCCGAAGUCAGCCCCCAGCGCCGCCAACUUCCCCGGGAGCCCCUCUCCCCGCCUCAGCCUGCGCCAGCCCUGGAAGCGAUGCGCCCCCAGCCGGGCGGCGUGCCCUCUGCCAACUCGCCACCCAUGGGAUCCACUGCCCUCGGCUGCCCCGCUUGGAGCGCGUAGCCUUCGUCGCGUGGCCCGGGAGAGGAGCGAGACUCCACGGCGUUUCGCGGAUUCCACGCGCGCCCGUCUGCUGAGGUCUCCUGAGGGGGCGGUGUCCGUACCCAGGGACCUGGAAGAAACCUCCAUCCUCCGGGGCUUGAAGAAGGCUGUACAGGAACCUGUGUGGAGGUUAAGAAAACCAUCCCUUUGGUGGUGGCCUGAGUGGAUUAUCUCAACCCCAAUGUUGCCCUGAAAUUUGUGUUCAAGAUUCAAGAAGAGUUGGACUGCUAAGAAAUAAAUGAAAGAAGCAAAUAAGCAGUUAUUCAAUGGAAAGGAAUGAAAUUGAAAGAGAAAAUAAUUGUCAUUUUGCUAAAUGCUGUUAUAUCCAGGAAAAAAGAGGAUGGAAAAACUCAAUGCCUCAGGAACAGUACACACACCACCGCAGCGCCAUGCCCAGCUCUGAGGGGCCACAGGUUUACAAAGUGGGGAUUUACGGCUGGCGGAAAAGAUGCCUCUACUUCUUUGUCCUUCUGCUGAUGAUUUUAAUCCUGGUGAACCUGGCCAUGACCAUCUGGAUUCUCAAAGUCAUGAACUUCACAAUUGAUGGAAUGGGAAACUUGAGAAUUACGGAGAAAGGUCUAAAGCUAGAAGGAGACUCAGAAUUCUUGCAACCUCUCUACGCCAAAGAAAUCCAGUCCCGACCAGGUAAUGCUCUGUACUUCAAAUCUGCCAGAAAUGUUACGGUGAACGUUCUCAACGACCAGACUAAAGUGCUAACUCAGCUGAUAACAGGUCCAAAAGCCGUAGAAGCUUAUGGCAAAAAGUUUGAGGUAAAGACGGUUUCUGGAAAACUGCUCUUCUCUGCAGAUAACAACGAAGUGGUCGUAGGAGCUGAGAGAUUAAGAGUUUCAGGAGCAGAGGGCACAGUGUUCCCUAAAUCCAUAGAGACACCUAAUGUCAGGGCAGACCCCUUCAAGGAACUAAGGUUGGAGUCUCCCACCCGGUCUCUGGUGAUGGAGGCCCCGAAAGGAGUAGAAAUCAAUGCAGAAGCCGGCAACAUGGAAGCCACCUGCAGAACAGAGCUGAGACUGGAGUCCAAAGAUGGAGAGAUUAAGUUGGAUGCUGCGAAAAUCAGACUACCUAGACUGCCUCAUGGCUCCUACACGCCUGCGGGAACGAGGCAGAAGGUCUUCGAGAUCUGUGUCUGCGCCAACGGCAGGCUGUUCCUGUCCCAGGCAGGAACGGGCUCCACCUGUCAGAUCAACACAAGCGUCUGCCUUUGAGGGACGGUGCAGAGCGGACGCUGUCGGCAGCAUCAGGGCCUUUUUUUGGCUUUACACACUGGCUGCCAGCUCUUUUUACUAGAACACAGAAAGCCUAUCAAAGACCUUGUGCGUGUGUGCGUGCGUGUGCGUGCGUGUGUGCGUAGAUAUAAAUAUAUAUAAAUAUAUAUAUAAAUAAAUAUAUAUAUCCUCUGUAUAAAAAAGGUUUCAGUACAAAAGGAACCAUGGGUGACCCUGUGAUAUCCACCGUCAUUUCCAUCCCAGCCCCACCCCCUACAUGAUAAAUCCGACACGAAUUCGAGCCCUACUCCCCAGACCCUUCAGAAUGUCACAGUGUGUGGACACUUACUGAGUAUUUACCUAUGUGUUGGAGUAACAGCCUGUCUUGGCCUUCAGUGUCAUUACAAGGCAGUGAUGGCGGGAAUUUGCAGGUCACGCCCGAGGGCUGAGACCCUUGUAGUAAAAGCAGACGUUGAGUUUCCAUUUUUAGCUUUGAUACAGCUGGCCACCUGCUCUCUCUUCAAGGUGGGAUAGGGGCAGUGCCAGCGAAGGGCACCAGAGGAAGUCGGAAUGGCUGUUCUGCUUUUGCAGCCAGAUGUAUUGGGGCUUCUGUAGUUGGAUGAUGAGGACGAUGGAUUUUAGCCAAGUUUGAACUGCUCACCCAAUUCCUGCUAGCUUACUUCCUUCAAACUCACAUAUUAUCCCACAGUCAAAAUAGGAGCUGUAAAUCAGCGCAAAAUAGAAUUACAGCUGCUCCUCAGCCGGCUGGAAGCUACUCAAAGCCCUGACAAAGAAUAAAUGGGCGAUAUGUCUCUGUUUAAAGGAAGAAAAAAAAAAAAGGCUGUUACAUCCUCACUUCUGACUUGAUCCGACAGACACCUACCUAAAAUGAUCUGGUCAAUCAAAACCCUUCGGAGUGGAACCUCUGCCCCAAGAGAAGCUAUUUGGAGGUGGAACUCCAAGAGUAGCGUCAGGAACCUACUUACUUUGCACAGGUUCCUCUGGAUCGGUAGGUCAUUCAGAGACAUGCCUUUUCUUUUUAAAGGCAUGCACAAACUCUCUGCCUUCCAUCUUCAAAUAUAUUUUUUCAGGGUCCGGAGAGUCAUAGUUCUAAAUUUACCAUUCUAUUUUCUGUAAGACUAGUGACCCAGCAGUCACAGAUCGAAAGCACCACGUGGCCCCAGAAAUGCUCACUGAAAGUGCAUACAGACUGAGUCAAGUGUCUCCAUGAGAACCACUGUGUCCCUGGGCCCAGCGGCACCCGCUCCCUGUAUGUGGAAGCAGCUCCCUAAUUCCCGCCAUCAGCUACCUCUCAUCCGUCCGCGCUCAUCCUCACGCUCCAGGGUCACCCUGGCCAGCUCUUGUGCUGGGACAGGGGAUUACACCGUCUCUGUUCAAAGAGGGGGAAACUGUGCCUUUGCCUUAAGUCAAUGCACUCAGCAAGGAGAAGCACACCCUGUUUAUCCUGUCGUUACCUGUAGUUUACUUUGAGUGAUUGGAGGGGUUUCAGAAUGCCUGGGCAUCUCACAGCCGGUAGACCAAGUGGCCGACGGAUGUGGACUCCACGGAGCCCGGCAUGGAGACGCAACGGGCUUCGACAGUCCCGGAUGCCGUGCGGCGAGCAGUGGCCCCACGGUCCUAAGUCUAGUUGUAUUUGUAGACCUGAAUGGCAUUUAUUUUUUUUUUCCUCAACAAGGUUCUACUUUGUCUUACUUCACAAGCAGGGGGAGAUUCGCCACAGGAAACAAGUAAGGUUUCUUGUAUUUGAGACGACACUCAAGCCUCAGGCUGAGGUUUGCACACGUGGGACGUAAAAGCAGGCUGUGCGUGGCUCACUCACUUAGAGGUGGGGGCAGGAGGGAUGGGUCUAGCCUGCGCGGCGGCCCUGCUGGCGCCCAGACCCCAGGCUCCCUCCCGUCUCUCUUGCUCAAUAUCCGUAUAGGAGAAUUGGGUUGUUCGAGAGUGAGAUGAUAAGACUGCUUCAUUUACCGCACUGCGGUCUGAAAAAGAAAACCCCCAAAAGAUACCCAAUUGCUCUGGGUCAGUAUUAUAUACAUCCUGUAGGAUCACGCUUCCAGAAUCUACACGUAUCACAUCCAGAGGCUUUUCCAAGCCAGGAAACGCCCUCCACGGCGACUGGAGGCACCAACCGCGUACCAUUCAGAUCAGCAGUCGCAGGUCUGAGGUCCCUUGUGGCUAAAAACCUGAAGACAGAGGGUUGUUUUUGUUUUGUUUUGUUUUUUAAGCAAACAGACCAUCUUUGCAUUCUGUCAUCUCAAGUACAUAAUCUAUGGAUGACAAGGGAAUGGAAGGUUCCCUGCAACCUCUGCUGUCUACUUUUGUUCUAAUCAUUACACAAAAGUCUGAGAUCAGCAUCUGGGGCAUUUUAUGCCAAUAGAAAAGACGGAUGUGAUCCCACUUGCAAAAUUUAAUCCUAAAGGUAAUCAGAUCUCAAAUAGAAUAAAAAGAGUAACAGCCACCAAGAAUAGACAUCUAGCGCCGAUGAGGACAGACAUGAUAACACACUCAGAUUUGCAUUUGUGCUAAGUGUCCACAAUACACCAGGUAACAGGCAGGAAGCUUGGAAUGCAUUGAAGUGUGUAUUUCAGUUCAGACUUUACAGUUUGGUAAAUGCAUCUUGAGUCCUUCAAUGUGUAUUUUUUUCUCCCAACUUCCACCAACUAGAAUAGUUGUCUACAGUCAUAAGAAAAAGCUUUACCUGAAUU